AGUGGGGACAGGAGGAUGGCGGCCAUGUUGGCGCGGGGCGCCAAAGAUGGAGUGACGGAGGACUACGGGCCGGCGAACAACGAGCGCGUGCCCACCCCGGGGCCCAGGCCCGCCCCACCCGGGUCCCCCCCGCGGCCCGCCGGCACGGGGCGCAGUGUGGGCGCCACCCGACGGACAAAGCUGCACCGGGCUCCGCGCGGGCCGCGCUCACCUGCGCCCCUGGCCCACCCGCAACCCGCACCCCCUCAGGGGCCUGCAAGACCCACAGUCGCCCCGCACGAACCUUACCUACUAGCCGCUGAUGCCGCCGUCCACAAGCCCGCGGUUUCCGCCGUCGCUCGUUCGCGCUCUCGCCGGCCCCAGCCGGAGCCAGAAGGCACCUCCCGGCCCCCGCUCCCUCACCGCGUACGCCACCGGCUCCCCAGCAGUCAGAGGAGCCGCGCACUGCGCCAGACUAAGUGCAACAGACGCGCCGGCGCACUGCGCCAGACCAACUCCAACCGACGCCCAGGCGCCGGGCGCCGACGGCCCACUACGCAGGCGCGAUGGAGCGGAUUACCCCUAAGGAAGGCUGACUCGACCGAGUACCUAGUGUGGCAACAGCAGGCACUGUCACUGAGCCCAGAUAUGGUGCCACUUGCCUGCAAAUCAACAAGCCAUGUGGUGGCAGGAUGAUUACAUUGGACCUUUCCCCGCUGGGGAAAUAAAUGUGUCUUCUUUGGGACAGACCUGUGUUCUUGGUGUUGAUCUGCCUUCCUUGUCUGUAAUGUUUCUGCUUUACUCACUAUCAAUAGUGACUUCAUCUACCACAUCAUAUUGGUCCUAAUCAGGAAAGUCAUUUCACAGCAAAAGAAGUGGAGCAGUGGGCUUGUGCCUACUUGAAUCCAACGCUUUUACCUUAUUCUCUAUUACCCCUAAGUGCCAGCUUAGGGCAGUGGCAUGACUUCCUGAAGACUCUGUUAGGCCAUCAGUUAGGAGACACACCCCAGACGCAUGGAUGUUCUAUCUUAGAGGAAGCAGUAGGUGCUGUGAAGCAGAAACCCGUAUUUGUGUGCUUCUUAUUUAGCCAGAAUAUAUGGAUCCAGGAGUCAAGUUUAGAGGCAUGAAUGACUUCCCUCACUAUUGAUAGGGACAGGAGGCAGAGAAGUUCGGGGCAGAAAAGAGUGGGGUAGCUAGCGAGGGUAGAUACCUACCCUUCACGCCUGGAACUGCGAUCCAAAGUGAGAACUUUACAUCCUUGUUUUCCUGCUCAAAUACUGCCUUUUCCAAAACCACGCCUGCCCUGCCCCCAUUGUGUACCCAUGAAAACAGCAGGCUCCACUGGCAGAGAGCAGAGAAGGGGAGAAGAAAAGAAACCUCUGAACAUCAGAGAGAAGCAGCCUGACUUCAGAGGGACAGCUUGGUGGCAGGGCAGGACUUUGGAGAAGAGUGGUCUGGAGAUGGCUGGACUUCAGGGGAGGAAUCCCUUCCCGCUCCAUCCUCUUUCCCAGUUGAGUCACUGCCAUCAGCAAUCAAAUCCUCUUCAUUCACCUCCCUUCAAUUUGUGUGACCUGAUUUUUCCUGGACACCAAACAAGAGCUCGGGUGCCACAGGUGCCGAUGCUAAAGGCUGUCACCCUGACUCUCUGUCCUCACUGGUGGAAAGCAACUGCCUCAUGUGAAAAGUUAGAGGGCCCACCAAGCUGUUUAACGCUGAGGCCUCCCAUGGAUGGCAAAGCUAAAAGAGCGCACUAUAAUGCAUGGCCUCUGGGGCUGUGGGCUUCAUGAGUAGUCCUCCACUAGUCGUUGCCCUGGGCCUUGCAUAAAGUUUUUCUGCUGUUGACACUCAGAAGCACUCCCCCUGGCUUUUGCACCCACUCACCUGCGUACUCCCCAUCCCACGAAGGGUUGAGAGCUGUGGGCCGAGUAAGCGAGGCAAAGGGGUCAGGGAAGAUUCCCUGUUUCACUAUUACAACUAAAACCCAUUUGCAGAAUUCUUGCUUCCUAUCUGUACAAUUUUGAGCUUUGCUGGUUUGGAGGUUUUUGUUUUAAGGGAAGAAUGCUUCUAUGGGGGGACAUAAAAGUUUCCACUGAAUUGGAAGCUGAGACUUCCAAAUAUCCUUUCAGUUUACUUAUGUCCUUGAACGAACAGACAACCAAAUACUAGAAGAAGAAAAGAAAAGAAGAAAAGUAAGAAAGAAGAAGAGAAAGAAAAGAAGGGAGGGAGGGAAGGAAAGAAAAAGACAGGACCACUGAGAAUCCAUACUUUUCAGGAGUAAAGAUUUGGGUCAUCCUUAUCAGGUAAAGAAUCGUGACAAACUGAGCUUCUGUCUGAGGGCAAAGAAAAGAUGAAAUGAGUAAUGAAAGAAUAAAGAUGGAAGAAGAAACUUGUAUUUUGUGAUGAGUUACAGAAAGGAGAAUUAUAGUGGCUAUGCAUAUUUUCUUCUCUUGCUUUGUGUGUAUGUGUGUGUUUGUGCACGUGUGAGCACAGUCGUGUGUGUAUGGUAUAUAGAUUCUCAAUGAAUGUAUGUUAGCGAUUUUCUUCUUUUCUCUUUUCCUUCCCUUUCGUAUUUUAUACAAGUUUUGUUGAUGGCUAAUUUUACAAUGUAGUCAUUAGACGACAGCACGUUCAGAUGGCAUUAUAUCAAAUCUGAAGAAUAACUAAUACAGCUGAGAGAUGAAUGGCAUGAAUUCCUUCCAGAGAUGGACACAAUGAAUGUUGGGACUUUGCGUCUCUUCUUGAGGAAAAGGUGAGAAUGUCUUUCUUCGUAUGAAGGACAAUAACAUCUUGUUAGAAAUACAGAGUUGUUUUUCUUUCUUUUCUCUUCUUUCAUUCAUUCUUUCUUUCUUUCUCCCUCCUUCCCUUCCUCCCUCCAUCCUUCUCUUCUUUCCUUUCCACUUUUCUUUCUUUUCUUUUUUUCCUCACUCUGUUGCCCAGGCUGGAGUACACUGGCAUGAUCUUGGCUCACUGCAAACUCUGUCUUCUGGGUUCAAGUGAUUCUCCAGCAUCAGCUUCUUGAGUAGCUGGGAUUACAGGCGCUGGCCACCACACCAAGCUAAUUUUUUUGUAUUUGUAGUAGAGACAGGGUUUCACCAUGUUGGCCAGGCUGCUCUUGAACUCCUGUCUUCAGGUGACUUGCCCACCUCAGCCUCCCAAAGUGCUGGGAUUACAGGCGUGAAGCACUUCAUCCAGCCAUGAGUUGUGUUUCUUGUUGCAUGACAGCUCAAAUAUUUGCAGAAGGGUGUGUAUGGACGCUGAAUAGCCGAAGGGGUGGGUCAUCGCCAGUUAACUAAGCUGUUAUUAUCUUUGCUUGAAGCCUGCCCUUCUACAUUCCGUUUUGUGAUGCUAAUGUUGAAUCUUCAAACUAUAUUCAUUUUGCUGGUAGCUCUGUUAGAUUCUGCCAAU